AUGCCCUCCAAAACUCUGGAGGUAACAACCUCUGAAGGUGACAUCGACCAAGUCGCCACCUUAGCCAAACCCCAGGCAGAGACGCCACAACCGAUUGCUUCGCCAUUGGCUGUUCCCAUGAUCAUCGGAGAGGGCUGUGAUCUCUCAGGCUUGCUGUCGUUCGACCCUGAAUCUAUCGAGCCGGCCCACUCCACAGUACGUGAUGAACCGAGCCCCAGCGUCACCGCUGACCAACUCCAAUGCCUCAAAGCUCUGCUUUCUUCACCCAUUGAGACAUUAGUCGAAAACUCUGAGGAAGUGAAGAACACUCUUGAAGAAACCCAGCCUCACGUCCCAGUGACGCUGCAGUUGAAGCUCUGGCCAGUCGUGAUGUUGUCUGCUUUCAGGUCAAGGGUGCAGUUGGCUCGUCAGAGAAUCGACUCACGCCACACCCACCUCCCGCUUGAACAAGCAACUGUCGCCGGAGGAAAAGAUGCAAGAACUACAACACAAUGGGAAAAUACUAGCCCAUUCCUUAUGGAUCGACAAACUAAUAAAACCAUUGUGAUGGAAGGAGAAGAUAUCUAUGAUUGCAUAGAUGUGAAUCUACAACCAGCUUUAAGCCAACCAUUAUUGAAAGACCACAAAAUUCAGAUGGAACCAAGUUCUUUUCCGAUUGGACUGAAUGUAAAACCUCUGUUGCGACAAGUUAUUUCACAAGCGCAUAUGUCUAUUUUGGAAUGCCCGGCAGGAAUGGUUCCAAUACUGCGUAAUAGGAGAAGGGACCAAAUAUCAUCAAAAAAAAUUGAUAUAAUGAUUAACAAAGAUAAACAACAAGAGGAGGCCGGAAUCAAAUACUAUGCUGAUUUAUAUGGAGUGCGAGCUACAAUAAAUGUUUAUGAGCCAAAGGUGAAGAAAGGUAGCAACGAUGCUAGUCAAACGGCGAUUCAAAUUGAUAACGGACCAAGGGGCCAUGUAGACAGCAUAUGUGUUGGUUACUCAGUAUCUCCAAGUGCCCAUGGUGAUAACUUUGCAAGGUUUCAUGCUGGUUGGCGUAACGGCAAGUUAAAUAAAACAUGCUUUGAUCACGACUGUCCUGGUUUUGUGCAAAUUAGCCACAAUGUUGGUCUUGGAGGAAGAGUGCAACCUGUUUCAGUGUACAAUGGACCACAAUAUGUAAUAAACAUUCUUAUCUUCAAGGACCCAAAGACAAAUAACUGGUGGUUGUCUUACGGCGAAGAUAACACACCUAUUGGAUAUUGGCCAAGUUCAUUAUUCAAUAGCAUUAACAAUAAAGGAAAAUUUUCAUUUUGGGGCGGGUAUGUUUCAGGACCGACAGCCUCAUCAGAUUCCCCACAAAUUGGUAGUGGUCAUUUUGCCUCUGAAGGAUAUGGAAAGGCAUCUUUUAUGCGAAACAUUCAAAUUGUUGAUGAGAACAGCAAGCUUGUUACUCCAAAUGAAUACAAAGGCCGUUAUGGCAUUAGUGAUACAAGGAAAUAUAGCGUUGAUGGUUAUAAGGUUAAUAAGUAUGGUAUACACAUGUACUAUGGUGGACCAGGCAAUUUAGUAUGA